UUUUUGGAAAUGUAUAUAGCAGUAGGAUUGGUGUUUUUAUGUUUCGUGGUGCUAACUGCGUGGUCGACGUGGUUCAGGCAGAAACCUGAUGCACCUCCUUUGAUGCCAGGCUCACUCCCGAUUAUAGGACAUUCACAUCUCAUAAUCGGAGACCGAAAACAUCUCUGGCGCUUUAUACGGCAUGUCAACGAAUCAUCACUCGAGCAUGACGGAGCAAUUGAAGUAUGGUUUGGCCCAAACAUAUAUUACAUUAUCACGGAUCCAGAGGAUUGUCUUACUCUAGUCAACGCAUGCUAUAGUAAACCUUACAUCUAUGGUUUUGCAAAGGAAUUUUUAAAUAAUGGCCUGAUUACCGCGGAUGUUUCUAUUUGGAAAAAUCAUCGUAAAUUAUUAAAUCCUGCAUUCAACCAGCAAGUGUUGAAUACUUUUAUCGAUGAAAUGAAUGUGCAGUCUCGAAAUCUCGUUGCAAAUUUGAAGAAUGAAGUUGGACAAGAGCCUUUUGAUGUUCGACACUAUUUAAUUACGUUUACGCUAUCAACUAUUAGCCGAACUUCACUAGGUCUAACAGCUCAAGAACAAACGCAAAUAGACAGAGACUAUGCGGUGGCUAUUGAAAAUUUGUUGGCUCUGUACUGUGAUAGGUUCCAAAAAGUAUGGCUGCAUAUUGGUUGUAUAUUUGACUGGAGUGCAUUGAAACGAAAACAAGACAAAUUAACGACAACACUGAAGAAUAUUAUGAAUCCUAUUAUACUUAAAAGAAAAUCAGAGAUGAAGACUAAAAUAGAAACUACGCAUUAUGACGACACACCCGGAAAAUUUAAACCAGUUCUAGAUCAGAUGCUUCAAAUGUCCCAUGAGCAAGAUGUAUUCUCAGUUGAUGACAUCAGAGAACACUUAGAUACAUUGGUAGCAGCAUCAUAUGACACAACCUCUUCAGCUUUAAGCUUCAUACUAUUGGUGAUUGCGACUUAUCCAGAAGUACAGGACCGAAUAUAUAACGAGAUACAAGAAGUAUUGCAAAACAAAGACGACGAUUUUUCAAAACACGACCUACAGAAACUUGUAUACUUAGAAGCAGUUAUGAAAGAAACAAUGAGACUGUACCCCGCUGUUCCAAUUGUAGCCAGACAAAUUGACGUGGAUGUUAAAUUGAAAAACUGGACGGUACGCGCCAACACAACUGGUAUAAUUGGUGUGCACUCUCUUCACCGCCACCCUCUCUGGGGUCCUGAUGCAAAUGAAUUCAAACCAGAGCGCUGGUUGGAUCCUAGCCGCUUGCCUGAUAAUCCCGUCCUCUUUGCUGCCUUCGGUAUUGGCAAACGAAACUGUAUAGGAAAAUUGUUCGGGAUGCUGAUGAUGAAGACCGCACUAGCACACAUAGUACGACAAUAUCACAUUUCUGGGAGCAUCCAUAAUGUAGAAUGUGAAUUUGAUGUAGUUUUGAAACCUGUAACUAAUCAACAUAUCCAAUUAAAAUUAAGGUCAUAGGGUUGUACCAAAAAGGCUGUAUCAUAGAUUAAGAUUAUAGGACUUAAAGUAAUUAUUAAAUAAUAUGUGGCGGUUAAUUAGAUGAUAAUAUUAUUAUUAUAAUGUAAUAUAUAUGUCUAUUUAAAAUCACGCUAGUGUGUUUUAAAAGAAAUUAUUUUUACUGUUUCUAUUUAUUUUAUCCUGUCACUGUCAUCCUGUCCUCCUUACACAUUCUGAUUAUAUACCAUCACGUAGGUAUGUAUCAUAUUUUUUUGUGUCUUUGUCUAACCAUACAAUCUUGCUACCAUUCGUGCGUCACUGCAUGGGUGCCCACUGAAAAUCAGUGCUGAGUGACUUGUAUGCCUAGCUAACAC